AUGCUCCACGAGAUCCUUCUCUCCCUAUCCGGCCAACCGUCCCCUCUCUUCGACCAGUCAACAACAGAGAGCGACGCUACCAAGGCGGGUUUCCCGCUGCUCUCUCCACCAGAGAGGGCCCUCCUUGCCUCACUAGCACACUUGAGCCAGCUUCAUCAGCUGCUCCGGGCCCAUACAUCCCAAAUCUCUUCUUCCCAUACGUCAACCAUUUGUCGGGCUGUCUCAACAGCCAUUUCUACAGAGCACCUGGGCAGCUUUCAAAAAAGGAUCCUGGAAGUAGAAAAAGCCAUCUUGACUACCGAUGCCAACUAUGUUGGCGGAUAUGGAAUAGUACCGCUAUCCACCAUCGUGGGUGAUUUUGCGCCUUGGGUGCGAAGGAUGGAAUGGCUGUGGGAUGUUGCUAAAUUCAUGCUCCCUGAAACUGACGGUCCCGGCGGUACUCCUUGCAUAGGAGCUCAGCUUAUCGAUCGACUCAUAAAAGAUUCCCGAACAGGGUAUGUAGACUUGGAAGAAAUGUCCCUUGUUCUAAUCAAGGCUGCAGAAACCGCGUGGAUGCGUCAGCUCUCCAUGUGGGUAUUAUAUGGCCAACUUCCUACAUUUGGGCGCGAUGACUUUUUCAUUCAGGAGGCGUCAACGAAUCCAGACGGGACAGGGAUAGAUGUCGAGUACGUCGUCCUCCCGAAUCUAUUACCAAAGUUUCUAUCUACGUCUACGGCUGCUUCAAUUUUAUUUAUUGGCAAAGCUUUGAACCACAUUCGCGCGAGGGGGGAGUUCUCGGCUGGCGCAGAGUCAAAAGCUUCUGCAUCACAUAUGACUCUGCACGGGGAGUAUAUUCGCCGCUUAACAUCUCUCCAAUCACCUCUAUCGUCUGUUAAUCUGACUAACGCCAUCUCUGAUAUUCGACUAUCAUUAUCGCAAACUGUCCUCUCGCGGUUAUUGCCGUUACCUAAAUUGAUAGAGCUUCUCUCCGUCCUCCAUGGGUUUCUCCUUCUCGGGCGGGGAGAGUUUGCAAUGGCCCUAGUCUCCUUUGCUGAUGAGCGGAUUUUUUUAAACCAUAGAAGAAUGGCACCCACAAAUUCGGCACACGCAAUGCUGCAACCUCUCGAUUUCGUAGGUAUGAAGGAUGGCGAAGUGUCAACUGUUUUGUCCCAGGCGUGGGCUGAGCUUUAUUCCCUUCAAAAUGAGGAAGACCCGAUCGAUGAUGAGUUGGAUCUUGCACGAGAUCUCCUUCGCUUGACUAUAAGAGCGAAAGGCGAGAAGCGGCCUAGCCCUGAAAGGGAGGGUUUUACGGCCAAUUCCGUGAUCAACGUAUCCGAUGUUUCUUUCGACGAUCUUCUAUUCGGCUCUCCUACCGUGCUAUCUCUCGAUGUGCAAUCACCCAUGGACCUAUUUCUUUCUCAGUCAGACAUGGCGGUUUAUUCCCGAAUUCAUUCUUAUCUUCUCGGCAUUCGGCGUGCACAAAUACGCCUAAGCCGUCUCUGGAAAUGCACAUCAAUUCGAAGAAUUCAUCCGGCUCCUUGGGGGCCACCUUUGAGUAACAAACCUCACGGCCAAGAACGACUCCGCAUGACCCGUGAAAGGGAACGUCGACGUUGUGUUUCAAUGAGAUCAAUCUGGGCGAGCUGCAGUGCGACUCUUUUCGUUCUUUCAGAGUUGGGAAGCUACCUUCAGGGCGAAGUUAUCAGGGGCUCUUGGCGUCAUUUUAAGCAGUGGCUUGAUGGAACGAAACCGCCAUUCACUCCGGGAAAUUCGCGUCCUGCAACCGCAAAGUCAGGGAGGACUGGUGACCAGGGAGAUAGUCCGAAAAGCCAACACGAUCCGGAAACUAUCACCAUUGCCCACCGUGCAUAUCUUGUUUACAUCACUCAGUCCAUCUUUCUUACGGAUGCUCCUUUCACACGCUCCCUACGAGAUCUUUUGUCGCAUGUCGACCGCUUCAUUUCUCUAAUUACCCAGCUUCAAGCUGUUCAACAAAACCUCGAUCUCGAAGCCGAUGAGGGGGUCUUCGACUCUUUAGCAAGUUAUGGCCAGGACGAGCAGAGGGUUUGGUCUGAAUUAUGCCAUACAAGGGCUGCACUCGACGAGGGGACCACAGAGCUUAUUUCCAGGCUAAGAGAUAUCGACGACGGUCGGUUUUCUGAAGGCAUCCGAAUGUUUGAUUUUAGAAGCAAUGAUGAUGCUCAAAAUCUUGCUUUUGGAGAUGACAUGUAUUCAUUUUCUGAUCGUACGAAUACAUAUGUUCCGUGGAGGGCUGCAGGCGUAGAUCGAUUGCUGAUGAAAUUGGACUUUGGAACUUCAAAAUCUACUCCCGGGACCUUCGAGUUCAAAGACGAAUACGUCAAUUAG